GCUCUCCAUCUCUUUCCACAUCUCUCUCUGUCUCCUUCCUUCUGUCCUCUCCCUUUCUGUCUCUUUCCUUUUUAUUGUUCCUCAGCAGCGCUCCGCUGGAAGACUAACAUAUUCCCCUCAUCAAAAAGGCAACAGGAGGCAUUAAAAACAUUUUUUAAAGGUGCUUUCCCCCACAUCUCAGAAAAAAGGAACUCAGUCGACACCAUGGAGGCCAUCAAGAAGAAGAUGCAGAUGCUGAAACUGGACAAGGAGAACGCCAUCGACCGGGCAGAGCAGGCGGAAACGGAUAAGAAGGCAGCCGAGGACAAAUGCAAACAGCUGGAGGAUGAGCUGCUGGACCUCCAGAAGAAGCUGAAGCAGACGGAGGAUGAAUUGGACAAAUUCUCUGAGGGCCUCAAAGAUGCUCAGGAAAAACUGGAACUGUCUGAGAAGAAAGCUGCAGAUGCGGAAGGUGAUGUCGCAGCUCUUAACCGUAGGAUCCAGCUGGUGGAGGAGGAAUUGGACCGGGCCCAGGAGAGGUUGGCCACAGCGCUGCAGAAGCUGGAAGAGGCAGAGAAGGCCGCAGAUGAGAGCGAGAGAGGGAUGAAGGUGAUCGAGAACAGAGCGAUGAAGGACGAGGAGAAGAUGGAGAUCCAGGAGAUGCAGCUGAAGGAGGCCAAACACAUCGCAGAGGAAGCUGACCGUAAAUACGAGGAGGUGGCUCGUAAGCUGGUGAUCUUGGAGGGGGAUCUGGAGAGAGCCGAGGAGAGGGCUGAACUCGCUGAAUGUAAAGCCGGUGAUCUGGAGGAGGAGUUGAAAAAUGUGACCAACAACCUGAAAUCCUUAGAAGCCCAAGCGGAGAAGUACUCAGAAAAAGAGGACAAGUAUGAGGAGGAGAUCAAAGUUCUGACUGACAAACUGAAGGAGGCUGAAACCCGAGCAGAGUUUGCAGAGAGAACAGUGGCCAAACUGGAAAAGUCCAUCGACGACCUGGAAGAGAAAUUAUCACAUGCCAAAGAGGAGAACCUGGGCAUGCACCAAGUCCUGGACCAGACCCUGCAGGAGCUGAACAGCUUAUAAACGCCUGGAGAGGAGAAGAUGGAGAGGAUGAGAUCGUCAUUAACAUUCCAUUAAAACGUUCGACUCCAUUCCACAUUUCGAGCUGUAAAAUCGUCUCUCCCCACAUAAAAUGGGGAGGAUUAACUUAAUGCUUGUCCCUUGGUGUUAUGUUUUUUUUUUUGUUGUUGUUGUUUUUUCCCUCCUCUUUCUCAUUGCUUAAUUUUUAUUCCCACUUGAAUUUGCAGGAAUUUCUUUAGAAAAAGAUUUUUGACCACUUAUUUAGAAAGAGUUGUGAUAAAUUCACCCAGAGAAAAUGGGUUUUUGAUGGAAGUCCUACAGGUUGAAUUGCUCAGGCAGAUUGUUGCUGACAUGUUUGUUUUUAGAAGGAUGCAAUUUAAGACAUUUUACUAAUCUGUGCCUGUCUGAUCCGCAUCCUCCUAAAUCUGCUUGGGUUUUAAUCUGCGUGGUCGCCUGGCUGAUGGAAAGGUUUUCAGUAAUAAACACACUAUUAAGGCACAAGCUGCUCCUUCACUUUAAUCUUAUUUACAAUUAAUCAGAGUCCUGAACUUCAGAGCAGCUCUGACCAACUUGAGGACAUUUUGGAUAUCUACAGUGCGCCAAACCUCUUUAUAAUUUGGGUAUCAUGAGAGCCGGAGCAAGGCUGCACUACCUUUCCUACCGUAUCAGAACACUUGAGCGAGCUUUACCCCAAAUCAGGAGCUCAGUCACGUCUCAUCAACCAUUGAUAACUAUUGUAUAUAGUAGGAGAAUGUUAGGUAUGUGACAAGUUAUAAUACUCUGAAUAUUUUUUUUGUUUGCUUUUAUGCCACUUCUUUAUUUUCCAAGGGAAAUGCAAAGACCAAAGAACACAUGACACAGACAAUUAAAUCUUUAAAUGUUUUAUUUUAUUUUAUUUUAUUUUAUUAUUAUUUUUUUUUUGUGAUGGUCUCAGCUUAUGUCAAGGCCUAGGAGGGGGCCUAAAAAAUUGAUUUGAGGCCCUUUUCUUUUUGUUUCAUUUACCACCCCCUCCAUGUUCAGCCCUCAAUAAAUGUUUUACAGAA